CCCUCCCGUCCCCUCCCAUGGCUUCUGCUGCCGCCCUCUUCUCGUCUGCCGAUGCCGACGACCCCCUCACGCGCGCACUCCAGCCCCCGCCAGACGAGUCCCCCGACGACCGCGACGCCCGUCUCCAGCAGCAGCGCGCCGCACAGGCCGUCUCCCACGAGAUCGACCAGACCCUUCAGGAGGACAAGAAAGCCUACGACCGCCGCAAAAAGGCCAUCAAGAUCCUCCUCCUCGGCCAGGCCGAGUCCGGAAAGAGCACCACGCUCAAGAACUUCCAGCUCGCCUUCUCGCCCUCGCACUUCCGCAGCGAACGCGCCGCCUGGAGGACCAUCAUCCAGCUCAACCUCAUCCGAUCCAUCAAGCGCCUCCUCGAGGUCCUCCAGGAAGAAUGGGACCAGUCUGUCGCACAGCCUGCAUCGCGGCCAGACAAGGGCAAGGGCGUUGCCGGCCGCGCGCCACCCGCCGUGCGCUUCUCCACCUCGCCCCUGACCGACGCACACCGCAAGAUGCGCAUGCGGCUGUCGCCGCUCCUGCCCAUCGAGGAGCAGCUGUCCAAGCGGUUGUUCCCCGAGGCGCAUGAGCGGCUGCACGACGUAUGCGUGCCCGCGGGGAGCGGCUGGAAGAGCAUGCUUGCGUCGCUGUCCAACGGCGGCGUCGCGGCGCCCGCAGAGAAGGAGCGGCGGCCGGGAACGGCAGAUCGCGACGACCCGACGGCCGUGCUCGCGGCAUGCAAGGACGACAUUGUCGCGCUCUGGGAGGACCCCGUAGUGCGCGCGGUGCUCAAAAAGCACAACGUGCGGCUGCAGGAUAUGCCUGGCUUCUUCCUCAACGACGCAGCGCGCAUCGCGACGCUCAACUACGAGCCGUCGGACGACGAUAUCGUGCGUGCGCGGUUACGCACGCUGGGCGUCGAGGAGCACCGGUUCACGAUGGAGAGCGGUGCGCUGCCCGGGUCGGAAUGGUACAUCUACGACGUCGGCGGGAGCCGCAAUAACCGGCCAAUGUGGAUCCCGUACUUUGACGACGUGCAAGCGAUCAUCUUCCUCGCCCCGCUCGCGUUCAACCUGAUGCUGGAGGAGGACCCGAAGGUGAACAGGCUCGAAGACUCGAUCAUGCUCUGGAAGGAGAUCUGCGGCAACGCGCUGCUCUCCAAGACAACGCUCAUCCUGUUCCUGAACAAGAUGGACAUUCUACAGGCGACGCUCGCCGCGGGCAUCCGCGUGAGCAAGUACGUGCCCAGCUACGGCGAUCAGCCAAAUGACGUGCAACACGUCACGAAAUACUUCCGGGACAAGUUUAGGGGAUAUCACAAACGGCUGUCCCCGCAAGCGCGCGCGUUUUACUGGCACGAAACAUCUGUCAUCGACACAAGAUCGACGGCAGCCAUCCUCGUCGGCGUCCGCGAGGGUAUUCUCCGCUCGCAUCUGCAGAGCGUCAACGUCAUCUAGAUCCCGCCACCCGACCACCGCCUCGUCUCCCAUUGCAUUGCCUCGUCUCCCAGGACACUACAGCUCAUCUACAUCUCCUUAGCAUCGGAUGUAUUCAUACAUGUCCAUAGCCCGCCCAUAGCCCGCGUCCGCCGCCAGCCCUCUAAUGUAUCUGCGCUCCUGCCCCCGCUCCGCCGCCAGGGCACCACGCCCCACCUCUGGUCUGGUUCCGUGAUACCUCCCGCGUCGCGCCGCGGGCCCCUAGACUAGCGCAUGUUGUUGUAUCUAUUAUUAAUCACUGUAAUGCGCGAUGCGAUGCACCUGUUUCCGGAGCGG